AUGACCACGGAAGACAACCCGUCGGCUCUGGGGGUCGGCCAUGACCCGGCCACCGGGCGCACAGCCACCGCGCCCAUCGAGGCCCCGAGCCACAAAUUCCUCCGCCGCGAAAAGAGCAUGUCCGACGCGGCGGCCACCGCCACGGCGGCCACCGGCGGCCCGUCGCCCGGCGUCGGGCCGAGCCCCGCGGCCGCCCCUCGCAGCCGGUCUGCCACGGGCGUGGGGGAUCGCUCGCUCGGCCCUCGUGGAGGCACCUCCUCGGGGCCCUCCCCGGCGGAGGCCGCGCAAAUUGCCUCCUCGCUGGUCGGCAGCUUCGGGGCCGUCGGCAUGGGCCCCUCCGGGGCUGGCUACGACUCGCAGGUCCACCACUCCUCCGGGCGCAGCGGCCCCGGGCCCAGCCUGCCGACCAUCACCGAGUCGGCUCAAAGUCGCUCGGACCUGGAGCUCAUGACCGACAUGAUGACCGGCCCGGCGAGGGUGGUGUCAUUCGAGGGGCGCGGCGGAUCGGCCGCCGCCGCCGCCGCCGCCGCCGCCGCCGCCGCCGCCGCCGCCACCGCCGCAUCCUCGGGUUGCAACCCGGCGUCGGCCGGUGGCCCCGGAACGCCGCCGACUUCCGGCGCCACCCCGACCGGCGGGUCGACCUCGCGGUCGACCUUCUCCAGCUGGCGCCGGCGCUCGGUCCCGGCCAACAGCAGCCCGGGGACCGGCGGCGGUGCCGGCGCCGGGGGCGUCUCUUCCGGCGCCUCGUCGGCCGACCUGUCGGACCUGUCCCCGGGCGAGCCCGGCCCGGGGGAUGGCCUGUCCCCGGGGUCGCGGCCCCGGCGUCGGGCCUCCCUGAGCGCCCUCUUCACUUCGCCCGGCAUGAGCACCAUCGCCACGAGCCUCGCACAAACCCUCUCCCCGAGCGGCGGAGCGGCCGGCCGCCGGGCCGCCGCCGCGGCCGGCUCCUCGGCCAUGGACUUCGCCGGGCCGGCGGCCGGGGGAUCGCAGGUGGCCCUCGGCGGCCCGCCGGGGGCCACCGUUGUCCCGGGCUCGGCCUCGGCCACGGUCCUGCCCCGGGCCCCGGACAUGGCCCUCUCGGAGAGCGCCCGCGUGGCGGCCCUCAUGUCGGUGGCAGCCUUGCAGGAAUCCCGCAUCGACCCGUCGGCGGCCAGCGACGCGGCCUCCUCCUCCCGGGCCAUGGACAUCGACUCGACCGAUGUCGAGGCCGAGGAGACCGACACCGGACCCGACCCCGACGAUGAGGACCCCCUGGCGGGCAUUGCCUCCAGCGAGACCGUCCGCCUGUCGGGCGCCAUGGCCGACGACCCGGCGGAGGAUGGGCCGCUGCCGGUGUUGGCGGCAUCGGCCCACCGGGGUCGGCGGCGCUCGGCCCCCGCCCCGGCCGACCAAUCCGAGGAUCUCCCCCCCGCCGCGGCCCCCGGCGGUGCUUCGACCGAGGACCCGACCCCGGUCCGGGCCGAUGCCACGGUCAGCCCGCCCAGCGGCACCGGGAACUUUGUCGGCCGGCCGCUGGCCCUGGCCGCCAUCGACCGGGGCUACGUCCGGUACUACACCCCGGCCGAGCUCCACUGCGACACCGACGCCCUGGUGAUGGAAAUCGAAAUCCAACUGGAGGUGGCCCAGGCCCUCGGCCGAGCCGAGGCCCAGGCCGCAUGGCGCAUCAUCGAGGCUCUUUCCUCCGCGCCGUUCGAUCGAUUUUCGCAAAACCUCCACCUGAAGCAAGCGCUGACGGAGAAAAAGCUGGAGAGCGAGUUCCUUCGCGAUGAGUCGCAGCUAGCCGAGGCCCGAGGGGCCGGGGCCAGCCCCUGCCGCGCGGCUCAUGGCCCGGCGGCCGGCGCUGGGGCCGGCUCCGUCGGUCGGUGCCAGUGCGAUUGCGGCCAGCAGAAAGCCGCCGACCUGGUGGGCGUCCUGUCUCCGGUCGGAGCCCUGGCCGGCGGGUCGGAGGAUGGCACCCGCCUGAGCCGGCGGUUCCUCACCGAGCUGGCCAAGCGUUUGCAGCGCUGGCGCAAGGCCCACACCGAGCAGCAGCGUCGCUUCAACGAGUCGGACGCCUGGGUGGCGCGCUCGCGCGCGGCCAUCCACGUCCAUGCCGUGCGCCUGGCGCACGAGGGCAAGCAGCUUCGCUUGGCCCUGAGCCGCGCCGAGCAGGCAUCCAAUGACGCGGCGGUAGAUCCCCGCCACAUGCAGGCCAUCAGUGCCCGAAUCAAGGAAAUCGAUGCCGAGAAGCCCCUUCCCGGGCCCCGGCCGUUCCAUGCUCGCUCGCACUGA